CCCUUUUCGGCUGACACAGCGCAGCGAUGAUGCAGGCAGUGUUCGUGCGAUAAGGGAGGGGUUGGUCACUGGAAAGGGUACUCCGGCAUAAAUAGCAUGCAAUGGAGGACGCCCUUCCACGACCAUUAGGCGCCUUCCCUCACCGUCUCGCACGUCGCCGUUGGCACCCCACGUACAGAAGAACGGGCUCAUCCAACCACCAGCCCCCAUGUCGGAAAAGUCAUCCAGCAAGGAGGACAGCGCGGCCAGCGCCGCUGAGCUUGGGCAUGUCGAGCUCAACCUCAAGAAUGCCAUCACCGACCACAAGCUCAACGACCCCAACAUGGACCCGGAGCUGAUUGCACAGGCGGAGCAGGCGCUCGCCGUCGGUGACGUCAAGGCCGAGCUCCGCCUGGAAGACGUGCUGGAGGACGACUCGAUCUACCCGGAAGUCCGGGCCGCCGUCAGCAACGUCGACGACCCGGACAUGCCGGUCAGCACGUUCCGUGCAUGGUUCCUAGGCAUCCUGGCAUCCAUCAUCCUCUCGGGUGUUAACCAAUUCUUCAUCUUCCGAUACCCAUAUGUUACCAUCACACCACUCGUCGCACUCCUCCUUGCAUUCCCCCUCGGCAAAGCCAUGGCACUCCUGCCGAACCGCGGCGCCAUCGGCCGCUUCUUGAACCCGGGCCCUUUCAAUAUUAAAGAGCACUCUCUAAUCGUCAUCAUGGCUUCCGUCUCGUACGGCUCCGCUUACGCCACCGACGUCGUCACGACCCAGCGAUUCUUCUACGAUCAGCAAUGGAGCCUUGGCUACCAGCUCCUGCUCUUCCUCUCCACCCAGCUCAUCGGUUUCUCAUUCGCAGGCUUCUGUCGUCGCUGGCUCGUAUGGCCCGCAUCCAUGAUCUGGCCCUCGACGCUGCCGCAGACAGCGCUCAUGAGCACACUGCACCACGUCCAGCAGUCCGAGUCUGGUCGCAUGUCGCGUGAGCGCUUCUUCACUUAUGCAUUUGUUGGCGCCUUCUGCUAUUACUUCCUCCCUGGCUACCUGUUCACUGCGCUCUCCGCAUUCAGCUGGCCUACCUGGAUUGCUCCGAGCAAUCACAAGAGUGGUCUCGGUCUCUCCUUCAUCUCGCUCGACUGGGCACAGAUUACCUCUGCUCUGCUAUCGCCGCUCACGACCCCCUUCUACGCAGAAGCCAAUGUCAUCGGUGGUUUCGCGGUCUUCUUCGUCUUCCUCGGCCCCAUUCUUUACUACAACAACGUCAAGUACGCGUCAUAUCUGCCCUUUGCCUCGACACGCACUUUUGACCGCUUCGGACAAGUAUAUCAGCAGAAGCUUAUCCUUAACGCCGACAAGCUGCUCGACAUUGACUUGUACAAUAACUACUCGAAGCAGUACCUCCCCAUCGGCUUUGCGAUCUCCUACGGUCUCUCGUUUGCCUCGGUCACGUGCAUUCUCGUCCAUGUCGCCCUCUUCUAUGGCAAGGACAUCGUCAAGCAGUUUAAGAGCACGCUAAAGGACGAGCCCGACAUCCACGCCCGCCUCAUGUCGCGCUACAAGGAGGUUCCCAGCUGGUGGUAUGGCAUUCUCUUCCUCAUCUCCUUCGGAAUCUCGGUCGGCACGGUGCAGGGCUACCCGACUACGCUGCCAGUCUGGGCUCUGAUCCUUGCUCUCCUCAUCGCUGCCGUUUACAUUCUGCCGAUCGGUAUCGUGCAGGCUAUUACCAAUCAGCAGGUCGGUCUCAACGUCAUUACCGAGUUCAUCGUCGGCUACAUGCUUCCGGGCCGCCCGCUCGCCAUGAUGCUGUUCAAGGUCUAUGGUUAUAUUGCCAUGGUCCAGGGUCUUUCCUUCGUCAGCGAUCUCAAGUUCGGCCACUACAUGAAGAUCCCGCCACGCCUGAUGUUCUGGUCGCAGAUCAUCUCCACUAUCAUCGCCUGCUUCGUCCAGGUCGGCGUGAGCAACUUCGUCUACACGAACAUCAAUGAUGUAUGCACGCCCAAGCAGCCGCAGGACUUCAAGUGCAGCGUCCAACUCACCUUCGCCACUGCCUCGGUCAUUUGGGGUCUCAUCGGUCCAGCGCGCAGCUUCUCUGUCGGACAGGAGUAUGCUAGCUUCCUGCACUUCUUCUGGAUCGGCGCCGUCGCUCCCAUCCCCUUCUGGUACCUUGCCAAGAAGUUCCCACGCUCGUUCUUCCGCUAUGUUAACACCCCCGUCAUCAGCGUCGGUACUGGCCAGUUCCCGCCUGCGACGGGUAUCAACUUCACCAGUUGGUUCCUCGUCGGCUUCAUCUUCCAGUACUGGGUCCGCAGGCGCUCGUUCGGCUGGUGGGCAAGCUUCAACUACGUCCUCUCCGCCGCGCUCGACUCGGGUACGGCCAUCAGUGGAAUCGUUAUCUUCUUCGCGCUCAGCUACCCUUCCACGUACGCUCUGCAAGAUGGCAACAAGGUCCUCCAGUGGUGGGGCAACGCCGGCACGCCGACCAUCACGCUCGACGCGAACUCUACGUCUUACUUAACCGUGCCCGACCAAGGAUUCGCGCCUGCGCCAAACGGACAAUGGGGUACCUUGGGGGCACCUUCAGCGUCCUAG